CAGCCUCGGACGUUCCUGCAAUCGUGCCGGAGCGGAGUUUCAGGGGGGUUGUGUUUUCAGUUUCGCGCUGAAAAUGGCGACAUGUUUGAACAGCAAGAGGUUCCACCGUCUCCCCAGGAUGUCAAAUAGCAUAACGUUGGUGGAUGUCAUGUGCCCCGUGUGUAGAGGAAUUUUUAUAGAACCUGUGACUCUACCGUGUCAACACGGAUUGUGUUUGAAAUGUUUCGAACGUUCUAUGGAAGAGUCAAGUUUGGCGUGCCCAAUGUGUCGGAAAAGGGUUGGUGGUUGGUUAAGAACGGCUACAAAGGACGGAAAUUUGGUGAAUAUUAAAUUGUGGGCCCUGAUACAACAACGAUUUCCAGAUGAGGUGCAAGCGAAGAUGAAUGGCGAUGAUGACGGCGUGGAGGAACGUGUUGUUUCUAACAGUACACCCCAAGUUCGUCUCAGCACACCAGGUGAGAUUGGUCAAGAAUUUGCAUAUCAGUUACACCAGUUGCAGAAAGAGGCUGAACGUAGGCAAGAAGAAGAAUGGAGAGCAAGUUGUAAUCUGAUACAGAAGUUGUGUAAUAGAAAUAUUCUCUCUGAACUAAUGUCAAAUUGCAAAAUGUCUUUUGGUUUCAAGGAAGAAGAGCAGAGGGAAAAAGAAAGGCAGCAAAAUCAAGUUCACCAUGAUGAGCAAGUGGCACGAGAGCUUCAGGAGACAAUGAUGCAGAGCUCCAGCAAUGCAUCACAAAGUACUCCUGAACAAGUGCCACCCCAGCAGCAGAAAGCAACUCAACUUCGGCCAGCACCUCAUAUACAACAGCAACGUCAAGGCCCUUCAUCGGAAGUGGAAGUUAAGAAAGGACCUUUGGACUUCUUUUUUGCUACAGGAUCCUUUCAUAAAAAGUCUGUGGUGGAAAUAAAUUGCCCAUCAGAUACUCCAGGGUGUAGUAGUGAUCAAGCACGUAGCAGCAGUAAUUUGAGCACAGGAAGUCAAGACUCCAUUACUCAAGAAAUGUUACAUUUUAAACCAAUCAAAGUUGUGCCCCGGACCCCACCUAAGCGUCUCCCGGGAGGAGCACUGUUUGCAGAUGGUCAGGUGGUGGAGCCUCGCAUCGUGAAAGCAACUCCUCUCAAUUUGAACCGUGCUUAUGAGGUGCUCGAAGCAGGAGCUGAUGUUGAGGCCUUGCUGAGCCCAGCUUCUCGUUUGCGACUAGGAUUGUGUCAACCGGAGUGUACGUUGCCACAACCAUCAGCAUUCAGAGGUUACCCAUGCAUACAGCAGGCCCGUUCAUCUUCAGGAUUGGAAGAAGCAGAAGUGGAAACGCCAACGAAACGUCCACGGUUAGCACCCGCUGCCUUGGACACAGAAGAGAGCAGUGCUGAGGCAACCCCAUCCUCUCCAACGACUACCGAGACAGACAUUAAUAUGGGAGUGCUGCGAUUGAGCCCUUCAGGACCAGCUUCCAGCUCACAUUCUGCAGAUCUUCAUACUAAGGUUGGAUUUCUUCAGAUCAUACCUGCAGAUGAUCCCGUUGCAUCUUCUUCUUCUUCUGGCUGCUAUGCUGGCACCAAGGAUACACCAGAUUCUAGGGUAUCCAGUAUGGAUAUUGAUAAUAGUUCACCAGUUGCCACUAAGUCAGGUCCUGGGACAGCUCACACGAGUGGGAUGGACAUAGAGGAGGAAGGAGAAGGAGUGGAAAACGAGUCAGCUGAUGUGCCUGGGAGAGGGAGGGAAUCAAUUGCGCUCCGUCUGCUGGCAGAGGAGCAGGCUGCUGAGGAGUUGCGUCUCCAGCAGGAGCAGCAGCAGCAGCAGGCAGAUUGGGAAUUAGCCAAGCGCUUGCAGGACGAGUGGGACCUAGCAGAUCAGAGGGUGGAUCGAUCGAGGGGUUCCGACAACCCUUAUGAACUGCGACGCAAACCCACCUCGGCAGGAGUGAAAGCAAAUGGCUCUUCUCGUGGGAAAGUUGCACGAGGUCGUCAGCGCACUCUUGAGGAGACGUUUACUCCUCGACGACGUUCUGGCCGCAAUUAAAAACUGUAUUUUUCUGUCAGUAAAGUGUUGUUCAUGUUAAUAACUGUUGGUUUUUAAGGCAGUUGAGAGCUUGUCUAAGUUGUUGGUGACUGAAAAAAUACGUACUGCCAACUCAUAACUGCCACCCUUCUAACAUUGUCCUUUUUUUAAUUUUUUUUUUUAACAUUCAUUUGUAAAUGUGUAGAAUUGUGCUCGUAGUUCAUUUUCCCUUGUAAAUUUCUCUCUUUUGUGUUUCUUAAUUUUAUAAAUCAGUUGUGACUCCUGAUAGAGCUUUUGUGCUCUCAGGGCAUAAAAGCAAGUCAGUUAUCUUUUCUUAAGUUUGGGUUUUGUGCAAUGGAAGUGAAUAUAUGAAAUGCAAAUAAUGUAGGAACUUUUUUCAUUUUUCAAUAUAAACAGUUGAAUAUAAAUUAAAAAUUAUAUAGAUUAUGGCCUGAAAUGUACAAUUUGGAUUAUUGUUGAAUUGAACUGUAUUUUGAAAAUUUAUUUUAUUAAAUUUGCAGUAUCCCAUGAAGAAAGAGGUUUUUAAAAAAUUAUUUCAUUCGUGGGUAAUUCGAUAGAGCACAUCCCAAAGUUUGUAAAAGAGUGCAUUAAAGCAUUCAUUCAAAAAAGCUAGUCUAAGAGAAACAAGGCUUUUAAAUGUGAAUGAUGGUUUUAAGGCAUUCUUAUUGUGAUUCAAUGUUAUGUUCCAAGAAAUGUAUUUUGUAUGGCAAACUUAAGUUUGUUUUUACAUUAUUUUUUAUUUUACUCUUCAAAACAAAUACUAUAGUGUAAACUAUAUUUUCCCUUAUUCUACAAUAAUGCUCAUGAUAUUAAUUCUAAUCUAUGCUACUUUUUCUUGAGUGUACCUCACCAAGACUGUGAUAUGUGUUCUCAUUUUGAUGACAGUAGCAGAAUCCUUUGCAAACAACGUAUUUUGGUUUAGUAUCACUAAUAAUAAUAAUACUUGUGAUUAAACAAAAUAGGAGAUUUAUUCUGGGCAGCGAAUAUUAAAAUUUUGUGUUGUGAACUGCUGCUGUGUGACAUAAGAAACUUGUACCUGCUGGUCAGAAGAUAAGUAUGUGUGAAGAGUAUUGGAGUGUAUUCUAUAAAAUUUUAGUACAAGUCAGAUGUGGAAAGAGUGAUAGAAAUUUUCUUAUAUAUUCCUCAAUUUUUUUAAAAACAAUAUUGUUUUAUUAGGAUGAUUCAUCUUAUUUCCACCCUGCAUAGGGGGAGAGAGCCAAUAAUGGCUUCUGUUUGUAGAUGAUAUCAAUUGUACAGUGUAAAUAGGCAAUGGUGUGCAUAGAGAAUUUGAAAAUAAUGAUAUUGUGUAAAUGCCGAGUUUGUUGUGAAUGAUGCAAUAUCUGUUGUUUCCUGAAACAAAAAUUAUAAUUUAGAUGAUUUAAAUUUUUGCCAUAAAAUGUUCUUAUACGUUGAUAUGACAUUUGAUAUGUCGUAGUAGUUACUUUAACGUAGGGACAAAUGUGUCCUUAACAAGUCCAUUUUAUUUGUAAAAAAUCAGUUUUAUGGAUUGUUAAAGUCAGAUCGAAAUAUAAAAAUUCUAUCUAACCAAUUAUACCUCCUUAAAAUAAAUUGCAUAGGGCAAAAUGACCCUACUUUGAUUACAGGUGAAACAAAGUGGCAAAAGAGAAUGAGUUUCAUAAAUAUGACCAUUCCAUUUUUGCUUCAUUUUCUGUUGUUUUCCCCAGGAUAUUGACCUGCUAGAGAUGCCAGUUUGUGACAAAAAUGUGCUCUUUCACUGUAUUCAUUCUGUAGGCAAAUGCGUCACUUGAUACAAACACCAAUAAAGAAAUGCUGUUUUGAUUUUAGUUUUUAAUUUC